AUGUUUGCAUUUCCGCAAGUGACUUCUGGGAAGUCCCCACUGCUGGGGUUCUAUGAUAUUUGUAGAUGGCGGGGCGCGGCCAGCCGGCGCCCCGUGCUGUGCGUAGAGGGCUUUCUCAGAUCCGGUGCUGCCGGGCCGCAUUUGCCUUUUGUGAAGGCGGAACUCAAGGUGUAUCCUCAUAGGAAGGAAAGCGUCAGCCAGGAUGGGCGUGGGGCUGGGCAGAGCCAGGCCGAAAGGCCCUACAUCUGCUUGGUUGUCUGGUCGGGGCUCACAGUGGGCUGUGUGGGGCGGGUGGGGGUCUCCGCCGUGAUCCUUAAAGGAUUUCCGUGUGGGUGGGUGCACGUGGGCACAACUUUGUACUCAGAAUUUGUACUCUUGGUCAUGUGGGAACCACAGGACUGCUCUGCAGACUGA